CCCUCUCCUCCCACCCGGAUCUCCCGCACAUCUCGUCCAAUCCGAACUCCGCAUCGACGGCUAGGGUUAGGGUUCGGGCCCCCCCCUGCCGGCGCGCCCUCGUCGACGACUCCCUCGUCGCGGCCUCUCCUCCCCUCCCCUAGUCGCGCCCUUCGUCUUCCGCGCCGCCGCCCUCGCCCGCCGGCCCGCCCUCAAGAGGUGAUUUGCGGGAGGCCCGGACAUCGGAGGAGCAGCCCGGGAGGUCGAUGCCCCACGCUGGUGACGGCGCCCAGUAGGUCGGUUUCAAUCCAAAAUCGAGUGCACGAUAGAAGCAUGAUGGCUAAGACCCUGCAAGGGAUGCAACAGCAAUAUGCAGCAAGUGGAUUUCCUACCCAGCAAUAUGCCACAGGUGGCUGGCCACCAUCUGCAGCUGAAAUUCUUCAGUUGGAUAAUAUGGACCAAGAUACAUCCAUUUUUCGCAAUAUUAUCCAGCGUAAAAUUGUAGAGUACCUCAAAGAGAGGGAGGAAUUCUGCAACUUGGACCCAUCCUUUCUUAUGGGAAUUGGAAAAAUUAUAGAUCAAUGUCUUUUUGAGGAAGCUGAUUCACAGAUUACUUAUAUGGACCUUGAGACUUUAAGAGCCAGGUCGAGUGCUGUCCUCAGUUCUCAGUCAUUUUGGAACAGUAGGCUUCCUUGGGUUUCUUCAGCAGCUUCAUCCACACUAAGCUUACAACAGCUUCCUGUGAUGGAGGUGCCCGUAUUAUGUCAUGAUGGAGCUAGUUCUGGUGCUAAUAAUCUGCCCUCCUGUGCAUAUAAUGCAUUCUCCACUCAAGGAUGCAAACCAUAUGACCACUGUAUGGUUGCUGCUACCUUUGCUCAUUCAUUGGCUGAUAAACCCAAAAAGAGGCCUGACAUAUUGGCAAACACCAAUUUUACUCCAUAUAUGCCAACUCUACCAAAAUGUAGCCUUAAUAUUGAUGUAUCUACUGGCCAUAUAAAAAACCAUUUCUCAGAUUUUCCAGGUGACGCACAUCAAAAUGAUAGUUCACAGCCAUCAACAUCUGGGAGCUCCAGCUCUUUGUCAGCAGUAUGGGAUCAAACAUGUUCUAGCGCAACGAGAGCACUUCCGAUGGAUUCUUUCUCAACAGCAAAUGGGCAAAACCUUUCCAUAAACAAUAAAAGUGUGUAUCCCACUACCGGUCAGGGACCUUUGUUGCAACAAUACAGAGAAUGUGAGAUAAAGCUAGAGUGUACUUGGAGUCAACCACUAGAGCAAUCAGAUCAGUCAAACAUCACCACUGGAAAUAAUGACUUGUAUCAUGCUAAAGUGCAUCCCUACAUCAAUGAAGAAAACAAACGUGAUCGAUGCAUUCAAAUGAAAGAAACAUGUGGGCCUACUUCUGAUCACGAAGGUUUUUGCAGGGAGAAAAGCUCAAAUUUAAGCAACAUAUUUAUGCAUCAUCAGCAAGGCUUCACAACUAACUGUGGUGCUUGUAGCCCUGUAAGCAAGAGAGUGGACAAAGCUGAACAGACAUCAAAUAGUACUGUAUCAAAGCCGACUUCACCUAUUUCAGAUGGAUCUUCUGGCAAGCAUUAUCCAGCAAAACGCUUGAAGGUUGAUGUUCCCCAUCUUGUCCAUGUCAAUGAAAUGGGGGCUCCAAAGGAACAACCUGUUGUCAAUGAGACUUAUGCGUCUGCUGGAACAUUACAAUCUGAAGCCAUGAAGUCACCAACAAAGUCAGCAUGCUGUACUUCCUUGGGGGACAACAAUAGUCAUGGCAUGGAUAUAGUCAGAUUGUCGGAGACUGCUGUGCAAACUGAAGAAGAAUUUCAUUAUGAAAAUAGUGACUUUGAGAUGAAGGACGCGAAGCAAACAUUGAUAGGGCCUAGCUGGAGUGCAAGGAAGAGAAGAGGGGCCUCAAUACUUUAUGCAUUGACUUCUGAGGAGCUUAAAAAUCACCUGCGAAGUCUAAACCAUGCUAUCUCUCAGAGCAAAGCGCCAACUGAAGAGUUGCUAUCAGUUGAAGGAUUGCCUGAUCAGAAUACAUGCAAUUUAUGCGGGAUGGAAAGACUUCUCUUUGAGCCUCCUCCACGAUUUUGCGCUCUAUGUUUUAAAAUAAUAAAUUCGACGGGAUCCUAUUAUGUUGAAGUGGAAAAUGGAAAUGACAAAUCUUCAAUAUGUGGCAAAUGCCACCAUCUUACUAGUGCCAAAGCCAAAUAUGAGAAGAAAUUCAGCUAUGCAGACACAGACGCUGAGGCCGAAUGGUGGGUCCAGUGUGAUAAGUGCAAAGCUUGGCAGCAUCAAAUCUGUGCACUUUUUAACCCUAAAAUUGUGGAUCCAGAGGCUGAAUAUACUUGUGCAAAAUGCUUCUUGAAGGAGAUGGAUAAUGGAGAUGUUGAUUCAUUGGAGCCAUCUACUAUUCUGGGGGCAUGUGAGUUACCAAGAACUAAACUAAGUGAUCAUAUUGAGCAAAGGCUUUCUCAGAGGCUAGUGCAGGAGCGGCAACUGAGGGCAAGUGCUUUAGGAAAAAGUGUUGAUGAGGUACCAGGAGUUGAAGGUCUUAUUGUUAGAGUAGUAUCUUCAGCUGAUAGAACACUGCAAGUCCAACCACGUUUUAAGGAUUUUUUUAAGAAAGAACAAUAUCCUGGGGAAUUUCCAUACAAAUCAAAGGCCAUUCUCUUGUUCCAAAAGAAUGAAGGUGUGGAUGUAUGCCUGUUUGCAAUGUAUGUGCAAGAGUAUGGUUCAGCUUGCCCAUCACCAAAUCAAAGGCAUGUUUAUCUUGCAUAUAUCGAUUCUGUCAAGUACUUCAGACCAGAAAUCAAGUCAGCCAGUGGAGAAGCUCUCCGUACCUUUGUCUAUCAUGAAAUUUUGAUUGGCUAUUUGGAUUUCUGCAAGAAACGAGGGUUUGUUAGCUGUUCCAUAUGGACUUGCCCAUCUACAAAGCGCGACGAUUAUGUUUUAUAUUGCCAUCCUACAAUACAGAAGAUGCCAAAGUCUGACAAACUUCGGAGCUGGUACCAGAAUUUGGUAAAGAAGGCUCUCAAGGAAGGUGUAGUGGUGGAGCGCAAUACACUCUCUGAUUUCUUCCUUCAGCCCACCAAUGAAUGCAAAACCAAUAUCUCAGCUGCCUGUUUGCCAUACUGUGAUAACGAUUUCUGGCCUGGAGAGGCAGAGAGGCUCCUUGAAAAGAAAGAUGAUGACUCACAGAAGAAGGAGACUCAACUGGGAAGGCUCCUACGGGUUGCCAAACGUGAUGACCGGAAAGGAAAUCUUGAGGAUAUUUUACUUGUGCACAAGCUUGGAGAAAGGUUGCGAACCAUGAAAGAAGAUUUUUUAAUGCUUUGUCUGCAGCAGUUUUGCAAGCAUUGCCACCAUCCUAUUGUAUCUGGUAUUAGUUGGGUUUGCACCAGCUGCAAAAAUUUUUAUCUUUGUGAACGCUGUUACGCUGAGGAGCUGAAUACCCCCCUGAAGGACAGGCACCUGGCUACAACAAAACAAAAGCAUUCAUUUGAAAGAAUAGAGGAAGUACCUCUUCCAGAAACUGAUGAUGUAGAUCCAACAAUGGAAAGCAAGUAUUUUGACAGCAGAAUAGAUUUCCUGAAGCAUUGUCAAGAUAACCAGUACCAGUUUGAUACACUCAGGAGGGCAAAACAUUCCACAAUGAUGAUUCUUUAUCAUCUACAUGAUUCAACUUGUUCUUCUUGUCACCAUGCCAUGGAUCAAUGCUUGGCAUGGCGGUGCUUGGUUUGCCUAGGCUGCAACUUCUGUGAUUCCUGUUAUAAACAACAUGGUGAAAGUUUGCAUAUUCACAAGUUGAGGCAGGCUGAUAAGCACCCUCGCUUAUUGCAGAAGUACACUCUACAGGGCUACCUUGAAAGCUUGGUGCAUGCAUCAAGAUGUUUCGAUCGAAGUUGCAACUCUAAACUUUGUUUGACGUUAAAGAAACUGUUCUUCCAUGGUGUACGAUGCCAUACCCGUGCCCGUGAUGGAGGAGGUUGCCAUAUGUGUGUAUUCAUGUGGAAACUUCUAUUCACGCACUCGCUGCUUUGUGAUGAUGCAAACUGUUCAGCUCCCAGAUGCAGGGAUAUAAAGGCAUACAUCGCUGACAGAAGCAUGGCAGAUCUUAGAAUAUGUGGAUGAGCUUCAUGUGAACUUGUAGCAGUUUUGUUAGACAUUACAAUUUGUUGCUAAAAAUGCAAUAAGCUGGUGUUGACCAUAGUAAGUGGCACAGUAGUGGCGGUGGCGAUGGCAGCAGACAUUGUUUCGCUGGUUUACAAAGUAUUUGCAUAAAGGCAUGCAGGCGGUGGCGGUUUGGGGAUCACCUUUAUCCUUGUACUUUGAAUCGACUGGUAUUUGUGUCUGCCUUUUGAUGGAGGCAUAGCAAAAAUCUUACGUAGGCAAUCUGACAUGUCCGUUCCCGUAAAUACCUGUAUAGUAUCCUUAUUACAGCUAGAUUAGCAGGAUAGAAGAUUUUUCUUCCUUUUUUGGUUAUUCCUUUUCUUCCUUAAUUGUAUUGAACAAGGGCACAUUUUGUUCAGUGUAGCUGUGCCGUGGCAAAAGUCCCAAUUCAAAUGAAUGUGUAUAUACUUUACUCCCUUGCCGAUCGACAUGUCUUUGUUUCCGAGAUUUAUCUCGUUAUUCCGGACUGACGAUGU